AUGUUUUUUCGUCAAUUUACCGUCUCCUUGCUCGCCCUCUAUGCCUUCGGGCCUGUCAACGCGUUUCCGACGGACGAGAUCCCUGAUGCGGCUGUGUUUCAACGUGCCUGUCGGCCCAUGUGCUGCGAGGCCGUCGUCGAUGGAGUCAAGCCCUCCGGAAAGAUUGGCAUUGGGUGCGUCGAUGAUGGUGGCAAAAGGUGUGAUGUUAAUGGCAAACUCCAGGUCUGCUGCAACCGACUGUCGCCGAAGACCGGAAGCCGUGGUACUGGUCUUGGGUGCGAAUGA